GUCCUAGGCUGUGCUGCUAAAUUGUUUUGUGGUGUUUUUCAAGUAUGUGUUUUUGUAGUUGUAUGUUGUUUCUAUUUGUAUUUAGAUACACUGUGGUAUUUAGGGCCAAAGGUUUCUAUUAAUCGCAUCGAAAAAUUGGAGAUCUCAAAUGCCACGUCUUGGGUCUCUUUUUCGAACUGUAGCCCUUAGCAUCCCCGUUGGGAUAACCUUUGUUGACGUCUUCGGAUAUGUGGCCAAGGUUGAGGGUUCUUCUAUGCAGCCCGCUCUGAAUCCCAAUGGCGACUUUGGCGACUACGUCUUCCUGAAUCGUUGGUCGAUUCGUAACUUCCAGCUGGCUCCAGGCGCCAUCGUCUCACUCAGCUCGCCCAAGGAGCCUGACCAGAAGCUGAUCAAGCGUGUGGUGGGGCUGGAGGGGGACCUGGUGCGCACACUUGGCUACCGACAGACGGUGGUGCGCGUGCCGGACGGCCACUGCUGGCUGGAGGGCGACAACCGCGGCCACUCGCUCGACUCGAACCUGCUCGGCCCGGUGGCCGUGGGCCUGGUGACGGCGCGUGCCUCGCACGUGGUCUGGCCGCCGAGCCGGUGGCGCCGCCUGGAGCCCGAGCUGCCCGAGGACCGGCGGCCGCUCAACUGGACCCCGGCCAGCCGCUGAGCCGCCGACACCGGCUGGGCGACCGAUACCGGCUGGUCAGCUGCGGAGCCUGCCGACACCGGCUGUUAUUAGCGGAGCUGCUGAUCAAAAACUGACAAAGACUUGUGUUUGUGAUCUAUCACGUGGCCAUUCGCUGAGUACCGGCCUGUUUGUGAGUGUAACUCUGUGAGCGCACGCCCCACAAUGCGGACGGUGUCGUUCGUCGGCCACGUGGACCUGGAGGUGCACGGCGGCGUGUCGCCGUCGGCGCUGACGCUGGCCGACGUCGAUAACGACGGCGAGAACGAGCUGGUGGUCGGCACCGAGACCGGCGAGCUCUACAUCUUCAAAGGACUCCAGACGCAGCCGCUGUGCCACGUCUCGGACCUUGGCCUCGUGUCGGCCGUCUGCUGCGGACCGCUCGUCAGCCCCGAACGUAACACUCUGGCCGCGAUCAGCGGGAACGGUUGGAUCCACAUGUUUGAGGUGGACGAAACGGGAAUCCGACAGCGCCGCGACCAGAGGAUCCCCGCCAACGUGAAGACGGCGGUGCUGUCGGACGUGGACCGGGACGGCCGGGUGGAGCUGGUCGUGGCCCUCACGGACCGCGUGGUGCGCGUCUACCGCUGGCAGGAGGACGCCCUCCGAGCCAUCAGCAAGUGCGAGCUCAUGCAGCAGAUCGGUAACAUCUCGCUGAAUGUGGAGGAGGACGGGUGGCCGUCGGUGCUCGUCUCCCAGCCGGGAGCGGCCGUGGUCCGCCUGCGGUACCGCUCCUCCACGAACGAGGACGGGCGUGAAUGUCACAGUGUGGAGAUUGACGACGUCAGCCGGGCUGUGAAGGCGCGUCACAACGUCUCCUGCGAGGUGCUGGGCGGCCUGAGGGAGGCUGCCUCCAACACCUACGCCAUGAUCACACUGGACGGCAGCCUCUUCUACGUCAAAGACAACGAGCUCUGCUGGUCGAUGCCACUGCACCACCAGCUGUUUUGUCUGACCAAGCUGGACGUGACGUCCGACGGCAACGACGAGCUGAUCGUCACAUCCUGGGACGGCCACACGUUCAUCAUCAACCAGGAGAAGCAGGCGGUGCAGUUCCUGUUCGAGGAGCCGGUGACGGCGUUCGCGGCCGGUCGGUACGGCUCGGGCGGCGCCAACGCGCCCUGCAUGGCGUACGCGGCCGUCGGCAAGGUGGUGCUGUUCCACAGCGUGCGGCUGCCGGUGAUGGUGACCGAGACGCUGACGGACAUGAUGGAGCGCGAGCACCCCUGGCCGGGCGACGCCGUGCUGACCCAGUCCCAGAAGCAGGCCUUCUACCGCUGGCUGCUGUACGGCUUCCCGGCCGUGCAGGCCAAACAGGCAGAGAGGGAGAAGGCGGGGGACGGCGGGCAGGGGAAGGAGACCACGGAACACCUCGAGGACCCCGGGGAUGAGACCGACGGCGUGCCGCGCUUCCAGCCGGCCGAGACGCCCUAGUGACGUCGCACGCGCCCCGAGGUCUGGGGGCGUUUGUAUACUGUGAGCAGCGGCCCGGAGUGUGCUUGGCUGCAAAUGAUUGAUGCCAGUUUGAUACCUUGCCGGAUGUAUGUACCAGGGACGCGGCAUGAAACGUAGGAUCCGAUUGAGAUGUUGGAAGUGUACUUUGUGUGAGUGAACGUGAUUUAUCCAAGCUGUGCAAUACACGUACGUAUAUGCU